GAAAGUACAGUUAGGUUCACUCUAAGGGCGUGGUAUGGUAAAGAGAAUGAAAAAGAUCAGAGUGAGUCACACUAGAACUGAACAUUCCACUGUGGAACUUCCAAACUUCAGCUUUUGCUACCAGCUGCUGACAAGAAACAGCUUUUUCCAUGGGGUGGGGUGAAAAUGCCUCGAUGGACUAUGAAGAAGACAACAGCGAAUCAAACUUCACUUUAGAUUAUACUCAGUAUGAAUCGCUUUGUGAAAAAACAGAGGUGAGAAAUUUCACUAAAUUGUUCCUACCUGUUUUUUAUUCCCUGGCUUUCGUUGUGGGCAUUGCAGGAAAUUCAUUAGUGGUGGCAAUCUAUGCCUACUGCAAGAAACCAAAGACUAAGACCGAUGUUUAUAUCAUGAACUUGGCAAUUGCUGAUCUGUUACUGCUAUUCACCCUUCCUUUCUGGGCUGCAAAUGCAGUCCAUGGAUGGGUGCUUGGAAACAUCAUGUGCAAAGUCACUUCUGCUUUAUACACCAUGAACUUCAGCUCUAGCAUGCAGUUUCUGGCUUGUAUCAGUGUGGAUAGAUACAAUGCCAUUUCCAAGCCCCAAAGUCACCAAAGAGGUGGAAAGCAAUGCAGCAUAACCUGUAUCUGUGUCUGGUUGGCAGCUAUUUUGCUGAGCAUCCCUGAACUGAUUUUUAACACAGUCAAGGAAAAUAAUGACAGGUAUGGAUGCUUUCCUGUAUUUCCACUCGACCUGGGAACACUCCUUAAAGCAACCAUUCAAAUCCUGGAAGUUAUGCUAGUGUUUGUACUACCUUUCCUUGUCAUGCUGAUCUGCUACUCUGCCAUUGCCAGAGCACUCCUUCGGUCUCCAAACAUUCAAAAAUCUAGGCCCCUCAAAGUUCUGCUGACAGUAGUGGCUGUUUUCAUUGUCACUCAGCUGCCUUACAAUGUAGUCAAGUUCUGGAGAGCCAUAGAUGUCAUCUAUUUGCUGAUUACAGACUGCGACAUGAGUAAAACCAUAGAUGUUGCCCUUCAGAUAACUAAGAGCAUAGCCUUGUUUCACAGUUGCCUAAACCCAAUUUUGUACGUCUUUAUGGGAGACUCUUUAAAAAUACGCAUUAUGAAAAUAGCAAAAAAUGUUGGAUCUUGGAGGAGAAGUUGCAACAUAACUACUGAAGAGAUUUCUAUGAAUUGUGAAGGCCACACAGAAGAAACCAGUAGCUUUACUAUAUAGCAGCUGUAUCACUCUCUUUACCCAGUGUAACAGAAGAGAACAAUUAUAAUGCAUCUUAUGGCUAUUUCCUCUUUGAUGAAACAAGCGUCUAUGGUAUUCUGCAAGUCAAAUCUGAAGUGUUCUGACACCGGAACCAACCAAGAUGUUGCAAGGAAGUUCAAAAUAGAAUAAGACCAAAAACUAUAUAGUAAAAGUAAUGGAAACAACAGAACUGGAUAUCAGCUUGAAUGCUUUAAAAACAAACCCACAGCAGGAUUUAAAGGGUCACAGUGCUAGGCAGUGUUCCCUGUAAGCUGAGUGCUUGGGGGGCUGUACAGGAGAGAUUCAGGUGUCACCCAGCUGAUUAGUUGAAAGCCCACAGCUAACCACAGCCAGCAGCAUGUGUUUAUAUUGGUGGUGCAUAUCCACACGUGUUGGUGCACAUAACAUUUAUUCUGCCCAUAGUUGGAAACUCUUAGAGGGAACAUUAGUGCUAGGCCAUUAAUUAGACAACGAAUGAAUGGGCUUCAUAUCAGUUAAUCACAAAAGAUAUAUACUUAACAUGUAAAAAGGAGGAAAAAAACAAAUAUAUGAUGACACUGAAUGUUGUAUUCAGGAGUCCUUUAAAUCUUCAGUCCUUCAAAAUGGAACCCUGCGGAGAUGCUUUUCAAAAGUGUUUUCAGGUUUUCAUAAAAUGAUUUACAAUGUUUGCCUAAAAUUGCAAUUCUGUUUUUCCUCAGUUGUCACUUCACAAAUGUCCUGUGAGGCUCGAGAUGAGGAAAAAGUUCAUCUCUGGUAUUUCACAGAGGUAGUGGUAAACAGCAACUAUAGUCCAGUGUUUUAUGAUUCCAAAUAUGUGCGGUAUGUUUAAGAGUUCCUUUUCUGUAACAACCUUUUCAUUAUGUUCUGCUUUCACUGGAUUGCUGUGAGUCCAAUUUCCUGUUAUAGACACAUGCCAAAUCUUUAGUUUAAAUCCAUAUUCACAAAUCCAGACUCAUUUUGGUCAUUUCCUGCAAGGCAAUUCAUAUUUCCUGUGCCCUCUAUAAAAUUCUUUGGGAACGGAUGUAACAAUGAGCAACGAAAAUGUCUUACAUUUUGCAUACACUUAUAAAUCUAAUUCUGAACAUGUAGCUCUAUACUGUUCUAGAAAAUCAGUUUUGAUUUGUAAAUGUGGAAGCUAAGCCAGGAAACAGAUUGGGCUCAUGAGAGGAGGAAGACAGGCAUGAGGAUAGGAGAAAGAUGAAAGGCUAGCUUUGUGGCCUCCCAGAGUAGGGAAACUAAACCAUUAUUCACCUAGGCUGUGUCCAGACUCAGGGUUUUUUUCGAAAAAAGUAGCCUUUUUUCGAAAAAAACCUCACCUGCGUCCAGACUCAAGCCACGUUUUUUCGAA